AUGGCGGCCGCUACGCUAGCCUCGCCAAAUUCUCCCCCCGACCUGUCCGGCUCCAAAUCCUCCAAGUCGUCUUCCUUUCAUUCCUCCUCACACGACUCCGGUCAAGACGUGAAUUUUGCGGAUGUCUCUAAUUUCGAAGACAUUGGUCUAGCCGAUGAACCGGAGCUGGCAUAUCCGGAAAAUAUGAACAAUAAAUACCCAUAUUCUCGUUCCAGAGCGAGCUCACGAGCCAACAGCAGGCCACGUGCUACGCCGACACCCAAGCCUACGAGGGACCUCACAUCGAUGUCAUCGAGCCAGAAGAACCCGUUUAGUCCGCCGCAAUUGAAGACGCAGGGCAUGAUGGGAAUGAACCAGCGAGGGCUGGAUCCAAGAAUGUUGAAGAAUGGCCGCCGAAUGGCGAAAAACUAUGCAGCGGCAAAUGGCCCGUUGCCCAAAAAUCGUCCACAUCGAUCCCGCUCAGUCUCGCCCUCCACGCCUGUUCCACAACCUGCUGUUCGGUCUCCUUCCCCGUCGACUGCCAGCAUGGGUCUCUCGCCUUUAUCCGCACAUGGCUCUCGUCGCGGCUCCUUGCAGCCUAAUCGAAAAACUGUGAAGGAGCUAGAGGCCGAAUACAAUGAUUCAGACGAUGAUCUGCCAGGCGAUACUAGUUUGUGGAACGUGCCAUUGUCUCCCCGGCCGCCUCAGGAACGAUCGCAAUCACGCAGUAACAGCCCGGAACAAACUAGCCCCAAGCCCAUUCCCCUAUCACAUGCGGUCUCGCAGGAGAACUUGACACCAAUUCGCUCAAAGUCGCGACCUUCAUCCUCUCGACAUUCACCUGGCGCGAAGUCGAGGUUACAGGUUACACGUUCAGCCUCAGCCGGUCCAGAGAGGGGCCAAAUAUCACCGCGGAACCCGCGCACAUAUUCUUAUAACCUGGCCAUGGCAGAAUUAUCUGAAGAGGCAAAAGUAUUGACUCAAACCCUUGAAUACCACGCUGACGAUUCGGAGCGGAGGCGCGAAGAAAGAGUCCAAAACGGCACCGCUUCCGGGCGUACCAGUAUUGACUCAAAACGGACUUCGGGUGGCAGCAUGGUUGAACUGCCUCCAUUGCAGAAAUCGAACAUUAUGAUAGAUCCGUUGCCUGUAAGCAAGGAGAAAGAGAAAGUAUUAAGUCGCACGCGCCCGAGUUGGUUGCCUCCCAAGGAUCCUUUGGAGGAAAAGAAGCACUUGAAAGAAUAUAAAAAGAUGAUGGCGCAGGCAAAGGAAACAGAAAAGAAAAAGGCUGCCAAGGCAGCAGCCGCGGCGUGCGAAAAGGAUAGUACCAGGGAGGCGCUUCAGCAGAUUUGGGAAGACCAUGUCCUGCCUAAUUGGGAUACAGUUGUUUCAGAGCCUCGAACGCGAGAGCUUUGGUGGCGUGGAGUUAGUCCUCGAUGUCGAGGGGCUGUAUGGCGACGUGCCAUCGGCAAUGAGCUUUCUUUAACCGAAGACUCAUAUCAGAAGGCACUUCAACGAGCUAAAAAUCUGCAUUCUAAGGAUCAAGACACUGGUGAGACUGCUCGGCGGAUGCGGGAAUGCUUUGCUGCUAUCUCUCGGGAUGUUUCAUCUGCCUUCCCUGACCUUCAUCUAUUUCAAGAGGGCGGACCGCUACGCGAAACCCUCGUUGAUGUUCUGGAAGCCUAUGCUAUGUAUCGCAGUGAUGUUGGAUACACUUAUGGUCUUCAUACCAUUGCCGCACUUCUUGUUUUGCAACUACCUACCCCUGCUUCCGCGUUCAUUGUAAUGGCCAAUGCUCUUAAUCGGUCCCUUCCUCUUGCAUUCCUUACUCAGGAUCGCGGUGCUAUGACUCGUACCUAUAGCUUGGCUUCUGCGACACUCCGAUACAAAUUUCCUAAACUGUUCACCCAUCUCUACGAAACCGUCCAUCUGUCAGAUGACGAACUCUGGGAACCAAUGUUUCGCUCAUUAUUUACCAAUGGCCUUGACUUGGAGUGCUUGAGCCGUGUAUGGGACUGUUGGGCAUUCGAAGGUGAUCGUAUUAUCAUUCGAGCGGGCGUCGCCAUUUUAGGCUGUCUCCAGACCCAACUCCUUGGCUUCGGUACGUCAGACGAGAAGUCACGCGAAGAACUCAAGCACGUUGUUGGCUGGGGCCCUCACGAUAUGGGGGCUGUUAUUGGUAGCAAGAAAAACAACAAAGACAAAACGCGCCAUAGUUCUCCAACCCCAAUAAUGGGUUACGGUGGCGGUCAGUUCGCCAACGCCGGCGUUGGUCAGCAGCAACAUUAUUAUUGGAUUUUGAACUUGUCGAGUGAUGAAGACAGUUUCAUGAACGAGGUCCGAGAAGCUGGCAAGGUCCAGUCUUGA